GCGGCGCGCGCGCCCGGCAAGUGUGGGGCAGGGGGCGCGUCCACGUGGCCGGCGGGGGGCCUCCCGGAGCCAGCGGCGCUCGGACCGGUGCAGCCUCCUGCCAUGCUCCUGGGCUGUGUCCUCUCCCGACUCUUCCUCAUUCUCCUCACCAUGGAGGGGACCCUGGGGAGCGUCGGUCCCUUCCCUGCCUUCUCAGUAACAGACACCACACUUACUCACCUGGCCGUGCACCGGGUAACAGGGGAGGUGUUUGUGGGCGCUGUGAACCGUGUCUUCAAGCUGGCCCCCAACCUGACCGAGCUGCGGGCCCAUGUCACGGGGCCUGUACCGGACAACGCUCGCUGCUACCCGCCCCCGAGCAUGCGCGUGUGCACCCACCACCUGGUACCCGUGGACAAUGUGAACAAGCUGCUGCUCAUCGACUAUGCGGCCCGCCGUCUGGUGGCCUGCGGGAGCAUUUGGCAGGGCAUCUGCCAGUUCCUUCGCCUUGAUGACCUCUUCAAGCUGGGCGAGCCCCACCACCGCAAGGAGCACUAUUUGUCAGGGGCCCAGGAGCCUGACUCCAUGGCGGGCGUGAUCGUGGAACAGGGCCAGGGACCCAGCAAGCUGUUUGUGGGCACGGCCGUGGAUGGCAAGUCUGAGUACUUCCCCACCCUGAGCUCCCGCAAACUUAUUGACGACGAGGAUAGCGCCGACAUGUUUAGCCUGGUGUACCAGGAUGAGUUCGUCUCCUCUCAAAUCAAGAUCCCCUCCGACACGCUGAGCUUGUACCCAGCUUUUGACAUCUACUACGUCUACAGCUUCGUUAGUGCCUCCUUCGUGUAUUUCCUGACUCUGCAGCUGGACACGCAGCAGACGCUGCUGGACACAGCCGGCGAGAAAUUCUUCACAUCCAAGAUCGUGCGCAUGUGUGCAGAGGACUCAGAGUUUUACUCUUAUGUAGAGUUCCCCAUUGGCUGCUCUUGGCAUGGCGUGGAGUAUCGCCUGGUGCAGAGCGCCCACCUGGCCAAGCCUGGUGUGCUGCUGGCUCAGGCCCUGGGCGUGCCAGCUGAUGAGGACGUCCUAUUCACCGUCUUCUCUCAGGGCCAAAAGAACCGGGCCAGCCCACCGCGCCAGACCAUUCUCUGCCUCUUUACCCUCAGCAACAUCAAUGCCCAUAUCCGCCGCCGGAUCCAGUCCUGCUACCGUGGUGAGGGCACACUGGCCCUGCCCUGGCUGCUCAACAAGGAACUGCCAUGCAUCAACACUCCCAUGCAGAUCAACGGCAACUUCUGUGGGCUACUGCUCAACCAGCCCCUGGGUGGCCUGCAUGUGAUUGAGGGUGUGCCCCUGCUGGCUGAUGGCAGUGAUGGCAUGGCCAGCGUGGCUGCCUAUACAUACCGCCAGCAUUCUGUGGUCUUCAUUGGUACACGCAGCGGCAGCCUCAAGAAGGUGCGUGUGGACAGCUCCGAGGAUGCCCACCUGUACGAGACAGUGCCGGUGGUAGGUGGCAGCCCCAUCCUGCGGGACCUGCUCUUCAGCCCCGACCACCGCCAUAUCUACCUUCUGAGUGAGAAGCAGGUGAGCCGGUUGCCGGUGGAGACAUGCGAGCAGUACUUGAGCUGUGCAGCCUGCCUGGGUUCAGGAGACCCGCACUGCGGCUGGUGUGUGCUGCAGCACAGAUGCUGCCGCCAAGGGGCCUGUCCUGGUGCGGCCGCUCCACAGGGCUUUGCCGAGGAGCUGAGCAAGUGUGUCCAGGUUCGGGUGAGGCCCAACAACGUCUCAGUAACCUCGCCAGGAGUACAGCUGACACUCGCCGUGCGUAACGUCCCAGACCUCAGCGUGGGUGUGAGCUGUGCCUUUGAGGAGGUGACAGAGAGCGAUGCUGUCCUGCUGCCGUCAGGGGAGCUGCGCUGCCUAGCACCAUCCCUGCAGGAGCUGCGCAUGCUCACCAGAGGGCAUGGAGCCACCCGCACGGUGCAGCUGCGCCUACUGUCCAAGGAGACAGGCAUGAGGUUUGCCGACACUGACUUUGUCUUCUACAACUGUAGCGUCCUUCAGUCGUGCAUGGCAUGUGUGGGCAGCCCCUACCCCUGCCAUUGGUGUAAGUACCGCCACGUGUGCACCAGCCACCCCCGCGAUUGCUCUUUCCAGGAAGGCAGGGUCCACAGCCCCGAGGGCUGCCCUGAGAUCCUGCCCAGUGGGGACCUCCUGAUUCCCGUCGGUGUCAUGCAACCACUCACCCUGCGUGCCAAGAACUUGCCGCAGCCACAGUCGGGCCAGAAGAAUUAUGAGUGUGUGGCGCGGGUGCAGGGCCGGAGGCAGCGGGUGCCCGCUGUCCGCUUUAACAGCAGCAGUGUGCAGUGCCAGAAUGCCUCGUACUCCUAUGAUGGUGAGGAGUUUGGGGACACUGAGCUAGACUUCUCCGUUGUCUGGGAUGGGGAUUUCCCCAUUGACAAGCCUCCUACCUUCCGAGCCUUCCUGUACAAGUGUUGGGCUCAGCGGCCCAGCUGUGGCCUCUGCCUCAAGGCUGACCCACGCUUCAACUGUGGCUGGUGCAUCUCCGAACACAAGUGCCAGCUGCAGGCACAUUGCCCCAUGCCCAAGGCCAACUGGAUGCACCUGAGCCAGAAAGGGGCACGAUGUAGCCACCCCCGCAUUGCUCAGGUCCACCCACUCAUGGGCCCCAAAGAGGGAGGCACCCGGGUCACAAUCAUGGGUGAGAAUCUGGGCCUCACCUCGAGAGAGCUGGGGGUGCGGGUCGCCGGCGUGCGCUGUAACCCCCUGCCCGCCGAGUACGUGAGCGCUGAGAGGAUCGUGUGUGAGAUGGAGGAGUCACUGGUGCCCAGCCCACCGCCUGGGCCCGUGGAGCUCUGUGUGGGUGACUGCUCGGCCGACUUCCGAACACAAUCCAAACAGCUCUACAGCUUUGUGACCCCAACCUUCCACCGGGUGAGCCCAGGCCGGGGCCCAGCCUCAGGGGGCACACGGCUCACUAUCUCUGGGAGCUCACUGGACGCUGGCAGCAGGGUGACUGUGGCUGUGAGAGAUGGCGAGUGCCAGUUUGUGAGAAGAGACUCCAAGGCCAUCGUGUGUAUUUCACCUGUGUCCACCCUGGGCCCAAGUCAGGCCUCCAUCACCCUGGCCAUAGAUCGUGCCAACAUCUCCAGCCCUGAAAUCCUUUACACAUACACACAGGACCCCACCGUCACACGCCUUGAGCCUACAUGGAGCAUCAUCAAUGGCAGCACCGCCAUCACUGUGAGUGGCACCCACCUGCUGACUGUCCAGGAACCCCGAGUUCGGGCCAAGUACCGAGGCAUUGAGACCACCAAUACAUGCCAGGUAAUCAAUGACACUGCCAUGCUGUGUAAGGCUCCAGGCAUCUUCCUGGGCCAGCCACAGCCUCGGGCCCAGGGCGAGCAUCCAGACGAAUUUGGCUUUGUGCUGGACCACGUGCAGACGGCCCGUUCCCUCAACCGCUCCUCCUUCACCUACUACCCUGAUCCCAGCUUUGAGCCGCUUGGGCCUUCAGGCGUCUUGGAUGUUAAGCCAGGCUCCCACGUGGUGUUGAAGGGCAAGAACCUGAUCCCUGAGGCUGCGGGUAGCUCUCGCCUCAAUUACACGGUACUCAUCGGUGGCCAGCCCUGUGCACUCACUGUGUCUGACACACAGCUCCUGUGCGACUCACCCAGCCAGACGGGCCGGCAGCCUGUGAUGGUGCUGGUGGGGGGCCUGGAGUUCUGGCUGGGCACGCUACACAUCUCGGCCGAGCGGGCGUUGCCACUACCUGCCAUGGUGGGGCUGGCACUGGGUGGUGCCCUGCUGCUACUGGCCAUCACGGCUGUGCUGGUGGCCUACAAGCGCAAGACACAGGAUGCAGACCGCACACUCAGGAGGCUUCAGCUACAGAUGGACAACCUGGAGUCCCGGGUGGCUCUGGAGUGCAAGGAAGCAUUUGCCGAGCUGCAGACGGACAUCAAUGAGCUCACAAACCAUAUGGAUGGGGUGCAGAUCCCCUUCCUGGACUACCGAACCUACGCCGUGCGGGUGCUCUUCCCUGGCAUUGAGGCCCAUCCAGUGCUCAAGGAGCUAGAGACUCCACCCAAUGUCGAGAAGGCCCUGCGCCUCUUUGGGCAGCUGCUGUACAGCCGUGCCUUUGUGCUGACCUUCAUCCACACACUGGAGGCCCAGAGCAGCUUCUCCAUGCGUGACCGUGGCACUGUGGCCUCGCUCACCAUGGUGGCCCUGCAGAGCCGCCUGGACUAUGCCACAGGGCUGCUCAAGCAGCUGCUGGCCGACCUCAUUGAGAAAAACUUAGAGAGCAAGAACCACCCGAAGCUGCUUCUGCGCAGGACCGAGUCAGUGGCAGAGAAGAUGCUAACCAACUGGUUCACGUUCCUGCUGCAUAAGUUCCUGAAGGAAUGUGCGGGGGAACCCCUCUUCCUGCUCUACUGCGCCAUCAAGCAGCAGAUGGAGAAGGGCCCCAUUGAUGCCAUCACGGGUGAGGCACGCUACUCGCUGAGUGAGGACAAGCUCAUUCGGCAACAGAUCGACUACAAGACACUGACCCUGCACUGCAUAUGCCCCGAGGGUGAGGGCAGCGCCCAGGUCCCAGUGAAGGUUCUCAACUGUGACAGCAUCACCCAGACCAAAGACAAGCUGCUGGAUGCUGUGUACAAGGGCAUCCCCUACUCCCAGCGCCCCAAAGCUGAGGACAUGGACCUGGAGUGGCGGCAGGGCCGCAUGGCCCGCAUCAUGUUGCAAGAUGAUGAUGUCACCACCAAGGUUGACUGUGAUUGGAAGCGAGUCAACUCGUUGGCCCACUACCAGGUGACAGAUGGGUCCUUGGUGGCACUGGUGCCCAAACAAGUGUCUGCCUAUAACAUGGCCAGCUCAUUCACCUUCACCCGCUCACUCAGCCGCUAUGAGAGUUUGCUGCGCACGGCCAGCAGCCCUGAUAGCCUCCGCUCGAGAGCGCCCAUGAUCACACCCGAUCAGGAGACAGGCACCAAGCUGUGGCACCUGGUGAAGAACCAUGACCAUGCAGACCAGCGGGAGGGUGACCGGGGCAGCAAGAUGGUCUCCGAGAUCUACCUGACACGCCUGUUGGCCACCAAGGGCACACUGCAGAAGUUCGUGGAUGACCUCUUUGAGACUGUGUUCAGCACAGCACAUCGGGGUUCAGCCCUCCCACUGGCCAUCAAGUACAUGUUUGACUUUCUGGACGAGCAGGCAGACCAGCGACAGAUCAGUGACCCUGAUGUGCGCCAUACCUGGAAGAGCAACUGCCUGCCACUGCGCUUCUGGGUGAAUGUGAUCAAGAACCCACAGUUCGUGUUCGACAUCCACAAAAGUAGCAUCACGGAUGCCUGCCUGUCUGUGGUGGCACAGACCUUCAUGGACUCCUGCUCUACAUCCGAGCACCGGCUGGGCAAGGACUCACCAUCCAACAAGCUGCUUUAUGCUAAGGACAUCCCCAGCUACAAGAGCUGGGUGGAGAGGUACUACCGAGACAUAGCCAAGAUGGCCUCCAUCAGCGAGCAGGACAUGGAUGCCUACCUGGUGGAGCAGUCGCGCCUGCAUGCAGGUGACUUCAACGUCCUAAGUGCACUCAGUGAACUCUACUUCUAUGUCACCAAGUACCGCCAGGAGGUACUCAGUGCACUGGACCGAGACCCAUCAUGCCGGAAGCAUAAGCUGCGCCAAAAGCUGGAGCACAUCAUGAGCCUCGCAUCCAGCAGCAGCUGAGAGCACCGUGGGUGAGGAGCUGCCUAGGCCUAGCCCUGGGGACGCCUCUCACCUGAUUCAGGGGCGGGUGGCACAGGGGGCCCUUCAUUAGUGCCUUGCUUGGGGACCUGUGGGGGAGGGGUGAGCAGGCCCAGCGCAGGCCCCCCCAGCAGCAAUACCCCCUCUCGCCCUGGUGCCCUGUGAUGUGACUGACGCCCCCUCGGACGCCUAUUUAUUGAAGCCCCCUACCCUCAAGCCCCCAUGCCCCUGGGGAUCUGGACUGACUGCCUGUCCCUGGGGGUACCUGGAUCCUCAGGGGCAUCUCCCCCAGCCCACAGAUGGGCCAGGCCCCCGAGGCCCCUGCAUCCCCCUUCUCCAGCGUUGGCCUACCCCCAGGGCACCCCCUCUGCAGCCCCCGGGCUGUGUCCUCAGCCCCAAGCGGCCCCAGGGGCCCAGGCGGCAGUGCCUUACUCCUAUCCUCCUGCUCCGGCCGGCUCCUGGCUCCCGGAAACCCACUCUGGCCUCUUCCGUUGCAUGAGUUAGUCUGUCUGUGCUGUUGGUUUCCUAAUAAAUGUGGGCAAACUGGC